AUGGUGUACGAGUUCACCGAGAAAUACGCUAACAUCACAAUAGAAGCACUGAACCUCUUCAAGUCCCUGUGUCUGGAGUGCCAGAGAAAGAGAAAGAGACCGACUACAGAAGGAAUAGUCGUCAAGCCGAUAAUCUCCAAAGACUUCAACUCCAGAGCCCAGGUCGAUCUAAUCGACAUGCAAUCAAUGAGCCAAGGACAGUUUAAAUGGAUCAUGGUCUAUCAAGAUCACCUCACGAAGUUCUGUGUUUUGCGCCCCUUGACAUCGAAACUUGCCGCUGAGGUUGCAUUUCAACUGCUAGACAUAUUUCUCCUACUUGGUGCUCCUUGCGUGCUGCAAAGUGACAAUGGUUCAGAAUUUACUGCACAUGUAAUCACUGAACUGAAAGUAUUGUGGCCAGAGUUGGUGAUGGUCCAUGGGAAACCUAGACAUCCACAGAGUCAAGGGUCCGUAGAAAGGGCAAACUGUGACAUUAAGGACAUGCUUGUUUGUUGGUUAGGAGAUAACAAUACAACUGAAUGGACUGUUGGACUCAAAUUUGUUCAGUUUCAGAAAAAUUCCAGUCUUCACAGUGGAAUUAAGUGUUCUCCAUUUGCGGCACUGUUGGGUUCUGGUGCUCGCACUGGUCUGUCAUCAUCUAGCCUCUCUCCUGAAAUUCUCCAUCGAUUGCAGUCAGAAGAUGAUCUACUUGCAGCCAUUGCAAUGCCAGUUCCUGGUGAAGAUGUUGAUCACGUGACCACUGCAACUGACUCCUCUGUAUCUGACCCAGCAACUCUUCCCAACUCUCCAACUACAUCCGAUGAAGUUACUGUGAAUGCUCAAGUAGAACUUGUUUCCUCUCGCCAAGAAGCAAUUCAGAUACAACGAAAGAGAGCUAAUGAAGCCCAAACUAUGCAAGCUGAACGCAUGGUGAAAAGAAGUAAGCGUAUCUUUGCACUCGUACAAGUCGGCGACAAUGUGACUAUAUCUAUCCCCCAUGUUGACAGAGGUAGAACUGAUCCACGGAAUAUCAUUGGUGUUGUAACUGAAUGCAGUGACAAUGACAUGCACAGUAUUGCUGUGAAAGGUGGCACUCUCAGUGGUAAAUAUUCACGCAGCCAAAUUGAUGUGUGUGCUACCAAGUUGUAUUCUGCAGAUGAUUUCAACACAGAGAAUACCGUUUCUCUCCGCCAAGCUGUUCAACUUGAAUCUAACUGUGGUGGGCAGGCUUUUACCAAGUGCAACUGUGCUGGUUCCAAGCGUUGUCAAACUAAUCGUUGCCGGUGUUUCAAGGCCAAGAUGCAGUGCAAUUCUAGGUGUCACUCAACACUGCCGUGUACAAAUAAACUCUCCUAA